AGUCUUCUCCCACCGCUGGCUCCCGUCAUUUGUACGCAUAGCAUUCUCGGUUUGUUACCACCGUGUCUGAUGAGGUGCGAACCCCGAAGGAACGUUCACCCUUCUGUUUUCCUUUCCUUUCCUCCUCCUCCUCCUCCUCCUCUUCCUCAUCUUCCUCCUCGUCGUCGAGCUGCCGCAGCAGCUGCAGACGCGGUGAGUGGGUCCUGCAGCAGCAGCCGCAGCAGGACGCAGUGAUACCUGACUCCGGACUAAAAACCCGCAAAUACCUAUGGCUUCCUGUGGAGAUAUUUCAGCAUGUGAUUUGAGCCAUUAAUGCUGUUGUGACUCCAAGAACAAGAUUUCAGUAAACAACAAUUCACAUAUACAGAUCCUGUCAAGCCAUUUGGACACAAGCUCUUCACCAGGCACAAUGAGAGGCUACCUGCUCACUGCAAUUUUCUUUAUGCCCUUGGCGGCAUCCGAGUCCAAGGACUGUAUAAUGAAGCAUGAACAUGAGAAAUGCAUUGAAAUGAUGGAAAUGCACAACCCAGAUGGCCUUGAAUUUGUGUGUCCAUGGAUGUGGGAUAACUUAACCUGCUGGCAGGCUGCUGAUGUUGGAGAAGUUGUGACGGUCAAAUGUCCCGAACUCUUUCAUGACUUCAUGACCCCUGAAGAUGAAAUCGGGAGGGUGAAUCGGAACUGUACAGAAAAUGGCUGGUCAGAACCUUAUCCUCACUAUGUGGAUAUCUGCUUUCUUUACGAAAAUGGAACACAAAAGCCUGACCCAUAUUUUGAAUCUGUCAAAGCCCUUUAUACAGUCGGGUACAGCACAUCACUGGUCUCUCUAACAACAGCCAUGGUCAUUCUCUGCAGAUUCAGGAAGCUGCACUGCACCAGAAACUUCAUUCACAUGAACCUGUUUGUGUCCUUCAUCUUGAGAGCCAUCUCCGUCUUCAUUAAGGACGGCGUGCUGUACGCUCAGGAAGAAAGUGACCACUGCUUUGUGCAUACAGUGGCGUGUAAAGCAGUUAUGAUUUUCUUCCAUUAUUGCGUGAUGUCCAACUAUUUCUGGCUGUUCAUCGAAGGCCUGUAUCUCUUUACUCUGCUGGUUGAGACUUUCUUCCCUGAAAGACGCUAUUUCUACUGGUACACCAUUGUAGGCUGGGGAACUCCUACUAUUUGUGUUACUGUCUGGGCUGUUCUGAGGCUUCAUUUCCAUGACACGGGAUGCUGGGAUACGAAUGAGCAUACUGCCCUCUGGUGGGUGAUCAAAGGACCCAUUGUGGCUUCAAUAAUGAUUAAUUUUGUCCUCUUCGUUGGAAUUAUCAUUAUCUUGGUGCAAAAGCUGCAGUCCCCUGACAUUGGAGGAAAUGAGUCCAGCAUUUAUCUCAGCUGUGCUCAGAAAUGCUUCAGUGAGCCCACACAGGCUGUUCAGCAUUCGUGCAGGAUGUCAGAGUUAUCCACCAUCACACUUCGUCUAGCACGCUCCACUCUUCUUCUCAUCCCCCUGUUUGGGAUUCACUACACUGUGUUCGCCUUCUCGCCUGAGGAUGUGAGCAAGAGGGAGCGGCUGGUCUUUGAAUUGGGUCUUGGAUCCUUCCAGGGCUUUGUGGUAGCUGUUCUCUAUUGUUUCCUUAAUGGAGAGUUUCUCCCUGAAGGUGCAGUCAGAGAUCAAGAGGAAAUGGCGCAGUUGGACGGUGAACCGGUACUUUGCUGUGGACCUGAAGCAGCAGAGGCACCCUUCGUUAGCCAGCAGUGGGGUGAAUGGCGGAACUCAGCUGUCGAUCCUCAGCAAGAGCAGCUCGCAGAUACGUAUGUCCAGCCCACUGGCGGAGAACGCCAACAUCAGCCUGCCGACCUGAACGUCUGAUUGUCCAGAGUCAACUUCAAGGUGCCGUUCCACUUACAGUAGACCAACCAGAGCAGACCAAAGUGGCCCCUUGCAACCCUUAUAUUUUCUAUUUUAUAAAAAUGAAAAUGGUCAAUGAAGAUAAAAACCAUUUUACUAGAGAUUUUUAUUUGGGUAUAUAAGAAUUACAAAUACUGGAGGUGGUAUUUUUUUUUUAUUAUUGCAGCACCUUAUCAUUUUAGAUAAAUCUAAUUCAAUUCCAAUUCCCUAUAAGCAAGAUACUCUUAGAAAUACAUACAGAGGGAUUGUGCAAAAGAAAUACACUAAUUAAACGGUGAUGCUUUAAUGUUAAAUGUUUGAGGGUCAAGUUUGAUCUGUUUGUGUAACCUAAAUGUGCUUCAAAGUGCCAUACAGUUCGCCCGACUCGAUAUCACUACAGUCCAAAGUUAAAAGACAACCAAAAGCUCGCCUUGCUUGUAGAAAAUGCUCAACGUUUAUAUGUACAUGUUUCACCUUGAAUUUAAACAUGUUUCUACAAUCAGCCGUAAGUACAGAGUAUGUCAAAAAUAGAAAAUACACAUAUAUAUAUAUAUAGCUUAUGGGUUGUGUGUAAAUAAUUACUUUUAGUGUCUAGAUUAGAUCUCUUUAGCAUAGCAGUGUUUGGUAAAAACCUUUUCAAAUAAAAGGAACUGGAGCCCAAAUCUGUAGACUCCAUCGUGUAUGCAGGGGAACCAGUAGAUCAUGCUCUCUCAAUUUAAACUGUUUUCCUUUUUAAAAAGGAAAAAAGGAAAACAUAUAAUAUAAAAGAUAAGAGAUUAACUGCACAGUAUCAAUUACUGAAUUUUGUACGACUUUUUGAUUUGUUUUGUCCUCCCAAAUGGAUAAUUCACAUAUGGGAGCGCUGGUCUUUUUGUCCUGUUUUGCAUUUUGUAUUCAUGCAGAUUUGUUCAUUUCCUUAGCCUAAUUUUUAACGGUACGAAAUGAUACUGUCUGCCACAGGACACUGUAUGCUGGCCAUGAAUCAUUUUAUAGCUGCCAGGAGGAUGUUGAAAACUGAUGAUGUCACUUAGGUUUGUACCAUUUGCUUAACAUCAACUCUAACAUCAAAAAUGUGAUUAUAUGACUUCAAUAGCUAUACGUGCCGUCAGCAUGCCACUUGGUUAUUUGGGUUUGGCUGGAGCUCAUAAUCCUUUAUAUUUCAUAUCAAUAACUUGGAAUGGAGUGAAUUACAAUAGCUUCAGACAAUAACGACACACAACUGAAAAGUGACAUAUGAGCAUUUCAAAAUCAUUAAUCUCAAUUAUUCAUUUCAACAACAUAGAUAUUCCUACAUUUAUGCUGGCUAUUUACAGUACAUUGGCGUGACAUAAUUUUUUGUAUUAUUUGAAAAGGAAGGAAGAAAAUAGUUACAAAUUCGAGAUGCACCGAUCCAUUUUUUUCUGAUACCUGGCCUGACCGUAUCUGCUGAUAUCUGAUAUGAUCUUAUUCAGCUGUUUAACGAAUGAGUAUUAAAUCUUGCCAUGUGACUGAAGGCGUUAGCCUCGACAUAAACAUUUAUAAAAAAAGGUAAUUAACACAGAUAUGAAUGUACUUUAUAUUGUUUAUUGACAAAUAAGUAGAAAAAAGAAAGAAAUAACCGUUCUUUGUAAAGUGGAUUGGAUUGGAUAUCUGAUAUCCAAUAUCAAUCACAGAUAAUCGAUCCAGCUAAUUAGUUAAUCUCGGAGACAAUAUCUGAUCCAGGUAUCGGAUCACUGCAUCUCUAAUAAAAACUGGCAAACGGAACAACGUGAGCCAUUAAACUACUCAAUGGGAUCUGGUUUUCUUCACCAUAGAUUUCAAAAUUAGAAUUUGUUAUCUGUGAACAUGAACGGUUUAAAACAGUCUAAUCUUCCCAAAAAUGUUGUCAUCUGCCAUAAUUUCAUAAAUGCUGUUUUUAUUAUGGGUGUUUAUACUAUGUGCACACCUGGUGAGCUUACGUCCAUAGUACCAUCUUUACACAGCUCCUUUUUAAAUUUGAUUAGACACCUCAUACUCCGAAGUGCCUACUCAUCCAAACAGCUGUCACUUUAAAUAUUACUAAACAUAAAGUCGAAUCAAGUCACUUUAGAAUAUACAGUGAGAAUAUACAGUGUAGUGUGUUUCUUUCUGAAUAGAAAGAUUUUU